AUGCUUGUAGGCCUUAACCCUCUAGAAUUUGGGUUCACUGAAGGCGACACAAGCCUUUCCAAAGAUACAACGAAGCCAUACCAUCGUCAUCUUUCUUGGUGGGAGGUGUUAUUCUCCAAGAAUCGAGACAAGAAUAGCGAGUCUUUGUCCAAGGUUAUUGAAAGAGAAGUCGAUGAGGAGGACAUUUGGGAUAAAGACUUGAUCACUUUGUUGAAAUCUUUGGAGGAAGACCAAGGUCUCAAGAAGUAG